CGUGUCCCGGAAGCGGAUUGGUGUCUGGCCGGAGGGCGGGGCCGUCUGUGGAGGACAAUUGGAGCGAAAACUCCGGACUGCGGAGAGCGGAGGGGGCGGAGCAUGAGCGCCGGACACGGGGAGGGCGGGAGUCCGCCAUCAGGCGUUGCAGAGAAGUCGAGCCGACAUCCCGCCGAUCGAUGUGGAGGUGCUGAAGGACCUGGAGAUCCUGACACAAGAUGUCGCCCUGAAGGUGGACCAGAUGAUGAAGAGUCUGAACAGCACCAUCCAGAACAUGACGGCGCUCAGCGUUGGCUACAUCCAGACGUACCGCGACUCAGUGGACAGCCUGGGGAGUCGGUAGAUAUGAGUAUAAAGGGGAUGUACACGCUGAUGGCGCGCUGCGAAGAACUCGACCGCUCCAUGCAACCCAUCCACACGCUGGCCAAACAGAUCCGAGAGAUUAAACGCACCCUGGAAAUGUUUGAGACGUUAUGUAAAUAA